ACUAACUCUCAAGCUGAGCGAAGGGGUAUUUCCAGAGAGCAACUAUAGAAUGUGACUUAUUUUUCAACUAACAUACAGGAAUGAUUUUAUAGAACAGCAGCCCUCAUCAAAAGGAAGUCUCUGCUCUUUCUCUACUCUUUCUUCUCUGUGUGUUUUGGUAGUCAACUGCUUGCUACCAGUGACAGUGAUAGAUGAGGACAUACAGCCAGAGGAAACAGUCAUACAACGCCUUAAAGAGAUGUCUGGUGGUCCCUUCUCCUGCUUCUCCAAACAGGGAAUACUCCUUCUCAUACUCUCCAACCUCCACUAUGGUGUGGGUGUUUCUUCAUACCUGUCAUUCCACAAGACAGUAGGGGACUCCGUGGAGAUGCCUGCAGGCUUAGAGGGGCAAAAUGUCACCCUAAUUAAUUGGAGGUAUAGCGAAAAGGAUAUUGCAGAAUUCAACUCAGAAGGUUUAUAUUUCCAUGGAUCCCAGUUCAAGGGGAGACUAGAAAUGAAUGCCAAAGACUUCAGUUUAACAAUUAGGAAACUGACUCUGCAAGACUCAGGGGAAUAUCUAGUUAUUGCUGAAACAGACAAGCAGAUUCCCAGUAAGGCUGUCACUCUGCAGGUUCACGAGCCUAUAUCCAAGGUGGUGAUCCAGACAGACAUCAAGCUAUUGGCCAACCACUCCUGUACGGUGCGGCUGGUGUGCAACGUGUCCUGCUACUCCAACCUUACAUACACCUGGGAGAGAGACAAUGAGAUGUACGCAGACGCCCAGCAGAUUCACCUCUCUCUCUCUCCUGCAGAGAGAGACAUCAUUGUAACAUGCAAUGCCUCCAACCUAGUCAGCUGGAAAUCUGCCUUUGCAACAGUAAAGUGUAGUAAUGACACAACCACACCAGGACUGGUGUGGUAUACCAUCUAUGUCGGAGUAUCAGUAGGAGGCGCUGUGGUGCUGAUCCUCACUGUAGCUGUGGCAGUGUUCUACUGCAGGGGCCGCCGUAACACAGACAGCACUGUCAACACAAUAUAUGCUGAUGUUAUGAUCAACACAAUCAUUAAAGAUACAAGAUCGAACAGUCAGGUAAACCCAAUGUCCAUCUAUGAGACUGUCAAUGAUCUGGCUAUCCCAAGAUUGAAUGAGCCGCAGACUCUGUAUGACAAGAUCGCAUUUGGACGCCCAGAGCCCCCCACCUCUCCCUACCAGAAAGUACUGUGAGCUGAACAGGAUGUGGUCAUAGGCUGGGCCUUUCAUAGAUAUAGAACACUCUGCAUCCUCUGCAUCUUGCAUGUGUACGUAGUUAGGCCAAGAUGUUACUGGUUAAUUUCAUCACGACCUACACCAUCUGCUUACUUUUUCAUGAUUGGAAUCUUCUCCCUUUGUUGAUUCUCAUAUAUACAGUGUAUCAUAAGGCCUUAUGUCUUUCUUUGAGGGCCUAGUUACAAUUAGGAGAUUCUGAAACGUGUAAUUGGCAGUACUAGACGUGGUGAUCAAAAGUGAUCAUAUGUUGGAUUUCUAUUUUAUUGAUUAAAGAGAAGAGUUGUAGAUAAUAUAAAUACAUUGAUUUGUGAGAAUGAUUUAUGCAGGGGAGUAGAAAGUGUACUCUCUUGCAUUAGGAGUAUGUGCUUGCCAAGCAUCAAUUAGGUUGUAAUCAGAGAGUAUAUGCUGGUGAGCCUUGGUUGCGUGUGGAUUGUAAUUAAUCUUAUUUUAUUUGUCCACAUGUCCAAAAUGGCAUUCAUGUCUGUCCCAAUAACCAGAUGGUAUUCAGUUAAUAAAAAUAAAAAGCUGUUCACAGAAUUUAAAAAAUAUUCUACAUUUUUGCAUACCUUGAGUGCCUUGUAUUUAGAGUGCAUUGUAGUUACCUCCCAUGACUGUAUUUGUUAGCCACAGAGACAUGGUUGUUGAAUUGAAUAGUUUUCAGUACUGUAGCCUUCACCAAGUGAGUGUCUAAGUGAAUAUGUUAUCUUUCAAAUUAAACUCAUUAUGACAACACAUUACAUAUAUCAUAAAACCUUUGAGGGCCUAGUUAGACCCUAACACACUGGUCUG